GAAUUUCAGCAGACGGCAACAACAAUAAUUUCAAAUAUUUAUCUCCAUAUCCCUUACCUAUGCUUAUAUAAAGCUCUCUAUAAUCUAACACCUCCUUACCUUACACAAUACACGAGAGAAAAGCAAUGAAGUUGUUACAAAUGCAAUCACCUUCUUCAGUAGAGUUUGAAUUUAAUAGUGGUCAGACAACUCCUUGUGGAAGCUCUCCAUCGACUCCUAAGGGCUUUGGUGAAUACUAUGUCAGCGCUCCAACAACUCCACUUCGAGUCACACAAAUAUAUCGCGAAACCGAGCAUUUUUCCCUCCUUAGAGAUGAGUCAUCUACCUCUCAUAUACCUUAUAAUUCCUCAUUUGGUGAAGAACUUUACAAUGAUUGUACAAUCUUCCCUCUAAAAAGUCUUCUUUCAUCUCCACAAUCACCCAAAUCACAGCAUAAGAAAAGUUUUUGGAGUGUUUUUUCACCGAAACGAAAGAAAGAUUCUAAUAAGUAUGCAACUACUGUCGUAGACAAGAAAGAGAGUACAAGAAAGCAAGGAAGAGAACGAGAGAGAACAAGGUCACUUUCUCCAUUCCGAGAAUCGCAGUAUCCAUGGGAGGAAGAAGAUGAACAAAAGUGGGCAUCAAAUACAAAAGAAAUCAGCUCAACUGCAAAUCCUUCUUCCCCUGCAUUAUCAUUGUCCGCUUCUUCUAAAGGAAGUAAGAAAUGGAGGUUGAAAGAUUUGUUAUUGUUUCGUAGUGCAUCAGAAGGACGAGCGUUUGAUAAUGAUCCUUUGAAGAAAUAUUCAUAUCAUCACCGGAAACAUGAAGUUGCCAAAAACUCAACCGGUUCACAAUCAACACAAGGCUCCAGUAUAAUUCCUGUUCGAAGAGAACGAAAAUCAGCUCACGAGCUACACUAUACAAUCAACAAGGCAAUUUCAGAAGAUUUCAAGAAGAAAUCGUUCCUUCCAUAUAAACAAGGGAUAUUAGGUCGACUGGCGUUCAAUCCCACAGUUCAUACACUAGGACAUGGCUUCGGAUCUCUAGCACAUAGUCAUGGAUGAUGUAUUACUAGUGUGUUCUUAAUUGAGGCGAAGGCCUUGUCAUUGUCCUCCUUUCACACAACGAUUAGUCAAUUAUAUAAUACGGUUUUAUUAAUUGCA